AUGAUAUUACUAAGAUACAAUUUGUUAAUAAUAUUUUUAUCUAAUUUUUGUGUAAUAUUUUCAUUAUAUUGUUUUGAUGGAUAUGGUGACAUAAAUAAUAUAGGAAUAAUUAGAUGCUCAUCACAAUAUUGUGUUUCUGGAGUUCUUGAAGAUGGUACUAAAUAUCAUACAUGUCCAUCAAAUUCUUAUUGUUCAUGGGGAUCUGGAUGUAGAAGAACAAAAGAUGCUGCUGAAAUUUUCGCUUGUUGUUGUUCAACAAAUUACUGCAAUAGUGGAAAUAAAAAUUAUCCUUUAAUAUAUUUAACUUUUAUUGUAUUUUUCUUACUAUACUUUUUAACAUAA